AUGGUGAUGUAUCUUCCGCCACGCUCCUCUUCCGCUGGCAUGCGGAGCAUCCGCCGCGAGCUCCAGCGCAGGAGGUCCAAGCCCUUGGCGCCCACGAGGUCGGUCGCCAAGAAGCCGUCCGCGUCGCCGCCGCCUACGCGUCAGGGUUCGACCCACGCCGUCCGGGAUCCACGCCAUUGUCCACCACACCAGGAGAUUCCACCGUCGACCAUCUCCCAUUCCCGAGGCUCCACCGUCACCGACGCGUCACCACAGUCCCGGGCUCGCGCUUCGUCGCGCUGCAUCGUCGACUCUCCGCCACCGCCGCCGCCUCGUCGGUCCGUCCCCUCUUCGACCGGGUCCGCGAACCGAGCAACUCUCGGCGUCGCCACGCUUCUGAGGCCUGGUACGGUGGUUGGUGUCCGCACGAGGACCACGACGCUGAAGACGGGGCAGGUUCUCGUGCUCUGGCUCAAAGCCACGGUCGUGUCGUCCACCCACGCAGGAUACGAGGUCGUGUACGACGGCAACCCGCCAUCCGGCGAUCCCAAGGGAACAGUCCGCGUCGCGCGACACCACGUCAGGGUGAUCAAGACCUCGCCGUCGCCAACGACUCCACCGCCGUCCCUGCCUCCGCGCAUCGCCACUGUGGCCGCCGCGCAGAAGAAGGAUACGCUGCCUGCGGCGAGGCCGACCACGGCGGGGAAGAGCGUGCGCCUCAUCCGCAGCCUCUUGCCGGAGAUGGAGCGCCAGGCCCGGGCUCCCUUGUCAGGAAUCGGAUACUAG